AAUUAGACCAUUCGCGGUGGUGUUCGCGGUUCAGCUCCGAAAUUUCUAACCUCAAAAAAUAACUGAAAGUGUUGCGUCACAUUGUUGUCAAAAUUCGCUGUUCUGUCUAAACAGUGCAAACUUCUUCGGUCGAAAACUCAGUAUUGAGAUUUUUGUUUGUUACGAAUUGAAAACAGCGAAAAACAAACAUGGCAGAUCGCUUAACUCAAUUGCAGGAUACGAUAAAUCAGCAAGCUGAACAUUUUUGCAACAGCGUUGGAAUCCUCCAACAGUAUUCAACACCUAGCAAAUUUCCUGGUUUUGACAGAAUAGGAAUGCCACAGCCCCAACAAACCCAAGAAGAUUAUGCAGCCUUAUUUGCAACUUUAAUAGCGAGAUGUGCCAAGGACAUUGAUACCCUGAUCGAAAGCUUACCCAGUGAAGAAUCGUCACAGGAGCUCCAAGUGGCGAGUUUGAGUCGAUUAGAGCAAGAGAAUUUGGAGGCUGGAGAGCAAUUAGAAGAAGUAGUGAGACAAGGCGAAGCUUUGCUGCAAAGAAUUCAAGCGGCUCUGCAAGACAUUGCUCAAAGUCAAUUGGACAUGCAAAAUCCAACAGCACCGGCCACAGCUGUCAUCAAUACGAAUCUGAAUCCUGCCGUAAACUUCAAACAGGAACCAACAAACACUGUUAACUCGGCGCCAGCUUCAAAUAAUCCUCACCAAAUGGGUGAUCGCUCACCGAAUUCCGUCAGCCAAUAAAUGACCUAAUAUUUUCUCUACUUAUCGUGUAUAUAAAUAUGUUUAAUUAUUUGUGAUUGUUUCGUACAAAAAUGAAAAAAGGAAAAAUAAAUGACUUCUCCGACCGAGAUGUACUUGAAGAAUUA